UGUGUGUGUGUGUGUGUGUGUGUGCGCGCCCAGUACUACUGUAUUGUACUGUGAGAAGGUAGGCAGAUAGGGGGCACCGCACCAAAAUCUCCCGCUCAACCCCCCCCCACAAACUCACUUUCUAACUUCAACGUUUUUUUUUUAAACCGACCACAGGACUUUAACAACUGAUCGCUUUAUUUAUUGAUAACAUUUUCGGUUAGUUUAUGGUUUGUGUUUUUACACACCGGGAGGGCAGAAAUGGCCGCCAACAUGUACCGGGUCGGAGACUAUGUAUUCAUUGAGAAUUCCUCCAGCAACCCUUACCUGAUCCGCCGGAUAGAAGAACUAAACAAGACGGCCAGUGGCAAUGUGGAGGCCAAGGUGGUGUGUUUCUACAGAAGGAGAGACAUCUCACACAGCCUCAUACAGUUGGCUGACAAACACGCACAGGACCUAGAGGAGGAGAAAGAGAGUCCGUCGGAGGCGGACCUGACAGACAAACAGGAACACCAGUUACGCCACAGAGAACUGUUCCUCUCGCGCCAGUAUGAGAGUCUACCAGCCACACACAUCAGGGGGAAGUGUAGUGUGGCAUUGUUGAAUGAGACGGAAGCUGUUCUCUCCUACCUGGACAAAGAGGAUAUGUUUUUCUACUCGCUGGUCUACGACCCGACCCAGAAGACACUGUUGGCUGAUAAAGGAGAGAUCAGAGUGGGACCACGCUUUCAGGCCGACGUACCUGACAUGCUACAGGAGGGUGACUCAGAUGAACGUGACCAAUCAAAGCUAGAGGAGAAGCUAUGGGAUCCUGACUGUCCUCUCUCCAGCAAACAGAUAGACCAGUUCCUGGUGGUGGCACGGGCGGUGGGGACGUUUGCCAGGGCGCUGGACUGUAGCAGCUCGGUCAGACAGCCCAGUCUACAUGCGAGUGCAGCCGCCGCCUCACGAGACAUCACACUGUUCCACGCGAUGGACACGCUGCAUCGUCAUGGUUACGACCUGUCCAGUGCGUUGAGUGUGUUGGUGCCGUCUGGUGGGCCGGUGCUGUGUCGGGACGAGAUGGAGGAGUGGAGCGCUUCGGAGGCAGCCAUGUUUGAAGAGGCUCUGGAAAAAUACGGAAAGGACUUCAACGACAUAAGACAAGACUUCUUACCGUGGAAGUCUCUGACCAGUAUAAUAGAGUAUUAUUACAUGUGGAAGACAACAGACCGAUACGUACAGCAGAAGAGACUGAAGGCAGCAGAAGCAGAAAGCAAACUGAAGCAGGUUUACAUCCCCACAUACAAUAAGCCCAACCCUAACCAGAUCUCAGUGACCAAUGGGAAGAUGGCGACGGUGAAUGGGGCGGGGCCUGGAGCCUACCAUGCAGCGGGGGGAGGACGAGCCUGUGAGAGCUGCUACUCGACACAAUCAGCCCAGUGGUACUCGUGGGGGCCACCCAACAUGCAGUGUCGCCUGUGUGUGUCGUGCUGGAUGUACUGGAAGAAGUACGGUGGCCUUAAGAUGCCAAGCAGAGCGGAGGGGCCCGAGGAGAAGACCCCACCCAGCCCUGUGCCCAACGAGCCUCGGUCGCGUGGCCACGGCCCCCGCCAGUCCAGUCACAUGGUGCCGGUGCGUAACAGUGGCAGCCCCAAGUCCUCCACGAAGACAAAGCAGGCUUUCCUGCUGCAGGCAACCCGCCUCACCAAGCUGGCACGCCACAUGUGCCGCGACAUCAUCAGACUGCGACGCGCUGCACGGCGCCCCUUUGUGCCCAUUAACUGUGGCGCCAUAAAGGCUGCGUGUAAGAGCUCCUUCAAUUCCUAAUUUCUGCCUCCACACACACACACAUGGACACACACACACACCGCCCCCUCCUUCACCUUGACGCCCCCCUUUCACCCCCUCUCCUCCCACCCUCUGUCUGUUUCUCUCUCUGUUUUUGUUAUAUUGUAUUAUAUUAUUAUUAUGGUUUUUGUAUUUCCCCCCGUUUCCAAUAAAGACUGCCGGUCCUCAUGACUUUUGAGUUUCACCAUCUGUUCAUCCGUCUGUCUAGGUCUGUUUUUGGUUAGUUUUUGUCGAUAUCAACUGAACAGCCGUUAGAGCCGUUUGAAAUCCAUACGAGCACACCCUCUUCUCCAAACAUUUCUCAGAACGGGUCAUUUUGUACACAUGCAUGCCCCGCACAGACGUCCUAUACAUGCUCACCCAUACACAAACACACAUCAUUCCUAUUCUCCAGGCCAGACUAGAUGAUAGUUGCAGAAUGUCAGCGUAUAUCUGCUAAGGUUAGUUAGAAGUGGAGGAGACAUAUUUUACUAAGAGAAGCUCUAUUUUGCACAGCACAGUGCAUGCUACAUUGAUGAGCCUUGGUGUGCUUUUUCUGCAAGGAAUUGUGUGUAUGAGAUACGAGUGGUCGGUGUGAUUGAUUUGAGAGAAGUUUCAUUAGAGCUCAUCUGAUGACAUAAGGAGGGAGGGAGGAAUGCAAAUGGGUGAGUUCAGGCAGUAGUGGCUUUAUGAAAAUGACCACAGCCUUCUAUUCUCAGCUUUUCUUUCUGAGUUUAAAGCUCGUUCUUUUUAAUUUCCUGUUUCUGUGUUGCCAAGCCAACCCCCACACUGCUCCCAUUCCGUCCUGUAAGCCACUCUCACAUGCCCAUAUCAGGAUGUCCCUCUGUUCUAGUCAUAUGGACUCACUUCUAUUGCUCUCUAUUUCUCCUACCUCGUAUUUAUCUCUCUUGCUCUUCAUCUCUCCCAUUCCCUCUCUUUGUCUCUUUCUCUCUCUCCGUCUCUUCCUCUCCAUUCUUGUUAUCUUUCUCCGUCUCGCUCUCUUCCUCUCCAUCCCUCUCUGUGAAUGUGACAGUGGUAACUGUAAUAAAGUCACAGCUGAAACCAUC